AUGAAGCCUUGGGUUCUCCUACUCAGCAUGCUCAUCUAUGGGGUUUUAAUGCCUGUGCCUGUUCUGGGAGACCUCAGGAACAACAUUUUUUUAGACUUGGUGAAGUGAACAGAAAUUGUGCAGUGCUGGGUACAGCCUCUGUUAAAGUACUGUGUGAAGAGGUGCACUAAAUUGCAGGAGUGUUUAUCUCCCAAUCAUACAUGCUGCUGGACCUUCUGUGGAAACAUCUGCUUGGACAAUGAAGAACCCUUCAAAUCCAUGAUGAAGCCUAGGCUCUAG